AUGGGAGCAGCUUCGAGCAGACGAUUGCAACCACACUCGGCUCUACAAGGCAUUGAAGAGGAGGUCCAAACAGAAGGCACGGACGAUAUUGAUGGGAAUGAUCAAGGACAAAUCCUAGGAAAUGAAAUACCUGUUAUGCGGAUUGCCAAGCUGCGUCACAAUCCCAAAGCCCGGCAGGGGGACCAAGGUGAAGUGCAACAUAUUCAGUUCGUCGACCAUUCUUCAGAUAUCAGUCUGCAUGGCAAGCAACCAUUCCGAAGGGGUGAGUGGAAGCCUGACGCACCCGAAUUCAUUCCUAUUCCGCAGCAACGCGUCGCCAUGCAGCAGGUCGAGCGUCAGCAAGACUUGGGCGUAAAGGAAACACAACGUCACGGCUUAGAUGAUGAACGAGAUCUAUCGCGAACUGUCAACUCACAGAUGGGGAAGAGCGCUGUUCCAAGCUUCCCCAUUACCAAUGAGAACGAAAGUCCCAGGCCUGCCGCAUCAACGAAGCAUCGGAGCCAUGCAGCUGAGGGUGGCAGUAGUCAAUUCACGGCUGGAUCACGACAAGCAAGCGACAGGGUCAUUAUGGCAUACCCGAAGAAAGCACGAAAGAGAGGGAGAAGGUCGAGGAAGGAGGCCAUGAGCCGUAGAAAGGGAACAAAAAGUGAGCCUGCAGGCAUCGGCUUGACCACUGAUAUCGAUCACUCCUCAUACUAG